AGCUACUGCUACAAAUACGCACCCUCGCCCUCCAUCAUUAAACCCUAAUUCACAAAGAUGUCGAAGCGAGGACGUGGAGGUUCCGCGGGUAACAAAUUUCGAAUGUCACUGGGUCUGCCAGUGGCCGCGACGGUCAAUUGUGCAGAUAACACAGGGGCCAAGAACCUUUACAUUAUAUCCGUGAAGGGGAUUAAGGGUCGUUUGAACAGGUUGCCCUCAGCGUGUGUUGGUGAUAUGGUGAUGGCUACUGUCAAGAAAGGGAAGCCUGAUCUUCGUAAGAAAGUCAUGCCUGCUGUCAUUGUCAGACAACGCAAGCCAUGGCGCCGAAAGGAUGGCGUCUUCAUGUACUUUGAAGAUAAUGCUGGUGUUAUUGUCAAUCCAAAAGGAGAAAUGAAAGGUUCUGCCAUCACUGGACCAAUUGGGAAGGAAUGUGCUGAUCUUUGGCCAAGAAUAGCAAGCGCAGCAAAUGCUAUUGUCUAAGUUGUUUUUCCUUUGCUACAAACUUUGUAACUCAUGGGGCAGACUCACUACAGGAAUGAAUUAUGGAUCUGUUUAUACACCUGGUAGUUUUGGCUUUUGUUGUAUUGUAUGUGACAUUCUGUCUUGAGUUUGUUCUUUAUUUUUGAAUGAUUUCAUCUUGUUAACGAUUUUAAUCCGAGUCUUUGUUGC